AUGACGCAGAUCAUCGACGGCAAGGCCAUCGCUGCCGGCGUCCGCCGCGACGUCGCCGCCGAUGUGGCCGCGCUCUCCUCGGCCCAGACUCGUAAGCACUCCGCUUCCCUCUAUCCGCUGCCUGUUCCGAGGCUGGCCGUGGCCAUCGUGGGGAGCCGGAAAGACUCGCAGACGUCCGUGAACACGAAGCGCAAGGCGUCUGCCGAGGUCGGCAUCUGCUCAUCGACGGCGACCUCCCUGAGGACAUCUCCAAGCCCGCGCUCGUCGCCGAGGUUCAUCGCCUCAACGCUGACCCCGUCGUGCACGGAAGUCGACGUCAUCGGCUGCAUCAGCUCCUUCCACUUCUACCUUACGCAAACUUGCAUAUUCGCUGGAAGUCAAUUUCAUCUGCAGCAUCAGCUCCUUCCAUUUGUUCCUUACAAAAAUCCAUGGACAUUCAUGUACGAGUCCAGAUUGGGUUCUUUCCAAAUUCAAAAUUCUCCCCUGUAG